AUGAAUACAAGUAAUAUCUUCAAUAAAAAGGUCGUGUCGUCACCGCGUCCCCAAAAAUAUAAAUACUCGACCAAUUCCCGUUCUUUUUCGUUAAAUGUUCCCCACAGACGUCAACUAACCACACCAGGCCAAAACUUGAGAAUCGGUAUUCUUCAUGCAAGAUGGAACGCUAAGAUCAUCGACAGCCUCGUCGACGGAUGUAUCAGAAGAUUGAAGGAGCUCGGCGUUAAGGAGGAGAACAUCAUUGUGGAGAGUAUUCCUGGCUCGUUCGAGUUGCCUUACGGAAGCAAGUUGUUUGUAGACAAGCAGGCCAAAUUGGGCCAGCCUUUGGACGCUGUCAUUCCAAUUGGUGUGUUGAUCAAGGGCUCCACCAUGCAUUUCGAGUACAUCUGUGACUCGGUCACACAUCAAUUGAUGAAGCUCAACUUCGAGCUUGGUCUUCCGGUGAUUUUCGGUGUUUUGACCUGUCUCACUGAUGAGCAAGCCGAGGCCCGUGCUGGUCUUAUUGAGGGUAAGAUGCACAAUCACGGAGAGGACUGGGGAGCAGCUGCAGUGGAGAUGGCAUUGAAGUUUAGAGUAUGA